AUGUCUACUCCAGGUCCUCUCUUCAUAAUUGGAACCGGUCCCAUGAUCGGAUCUCACAUAGCCCGGCUUUUCGCAACCCACACCUUCACCAAGAUUGCACUCUUCGCACGCAACCAAACCACCUUAACCACAUCCAGCGAAUUCAUUACCAGCGCCGCCCCAUCCGUUUCAAUCCAUACCUACACAGCCGACGUAACAGACACACCAGGUCUAACACGGGCCCUCCAAAAAGCCAUACAAGAAGUCGGGUCCCCAGAAGUAGUAAUCUACAACGCCGCCCGAGUCAGCUAUGGAGAAUUCGGCUCAUACAAAGAAGAAGAUAUCGUUGAAGAUUUCAAGAUUCCCAAUCUGGGACUCUAUACUACAGCCAAAAUAUUACUUCCAGCCUUACAAACAUUAGCAAAAGAAAAACCAGAUGCUCAUCCGUCGCUUUUCGUUACCUCGUCUCCGCUUAUCUAUAAAGCUUUCGCGCCGGUUUUUUCUUUAAGUAUGGCGAAGGCCGCGCAGGCGAAUUUGGUUAGGGGGUUGAGUGAGCUGGUGAAGGAUGAGGUUCAUGUUGCGCUUGUGAUAGUUGGGGGACCGGUUGGUGAGGAGGAACCGGUUAAUAAUCCGGAGUAUAUUGCUGGGAAGUUUUGGGAGUUGUGGGAACAAAAGAAGGGGGAGAGGGUGGGAGAGUUUUUGGUUCAGUAG